AUGUCUACACAAGACUAUAGUUCGAGACUCCUUUCGUAUGUUACACUUGUCAAUAUCGCGCUAGCACUCGUAGCAUAUAUUACUGUCCAAAUCCUUUACCAGAUAACUUACUACCGGUUCUUCCAUCCGCUACGACACUUUCCUGGUCCUUUCUGGGCCAGCGUAACGCGUCUAUGGAUCGCUUACCACAAUAUCAAAGCCGACGAAUGCGAGCUCGAACUUGCUCUACACCGCAAAUAUGGUCCAGUGCUUCGAAUUACGCCUACCCUCCUUUUGGUUUCGGACGCAACUAAGUUACCUGAGGUAUACAACCGUCAAUCGAACAAGUCAAACCACUAUAUUACCGGCAGCUUCGGGAAGACUGAGAGCCUAUUUAACAUGCGCGAGCAUAAGCAUCAUGCGCAUUUUCGCAAGAUCGCUGCUGGCCCUUACAGCUUCAGCAACGUUAAGAAAAUGGAAGGCCUGGUAGAUGAUCGCAUUCAGCAGUGGAUCGAUAGACUGGAAGAACUCUUCAGUAAUGGCAAGAAAUUUGACUUUGCGCCCUGGGCAGUGUACAUGGCAUACGACAUCAUAUCGGAAAUUGGCUUUGGCGCGCCUAUCGGCUUCAUAGAAAGCGGCUCGGACAUUGAUGGUCUGAUUAAAGGCUUCCACGAUGGCUUACUUCCCUUCGGUCUCAUGGCUCGACUUUGGCCCUUUACACAGUGGGCAAAAGGUACAUGGCUUGGUGAGAGAUACCUCCUCAUUGCACAGCGACUUGAAGAUAUUGAGGCCGGUAAGAUCGAGCGAGUCGAUCUGCUACAGACAUUCCUCGAUGCAAGGACGGAAGAUGGUGCGCCACUAGAGUUGGAUUACAUCAAAGCUGAGAUCCUUCUGGUGCUGCUUGCAGGUGCUGAUACCACAGGCACUGCGUUCCAAGCGAUGAUUGCAUACAUUACCUCUGACGCUCAAGUGUACACCAAGUUGAUGAGAGAGGUUGAUCGCGUCACUCGUGAGGGAAACUUGAGUUCUACACCACAGUACGACGAAGUGCUAGAACAUUGCCCAUACUAUGUCGCCUGUGUCAAGGAAAGCAUGCGUUUAUGCCCCUCUGCCCCCAACAUCUUCCCUCGUCUUGUUGGGCCAUCGGGCAUGCAUCUGCACGGUCGAUAUGCUCCACCAGGGACAGAAAUAACUUGCAACCCGUGGCUCGUGCACCGUGACGAGAAGAUCUACGGUGCCGAUGCCUGCGAGUUUCGGCCAGAACGCUGGCUUGAGAGCGACGAGAAAGCGAAAGACUACAACAAGUACAACAUGGCCUUUGGUUACGGCGCAAGAGUUUGCCUCGGAAAAGAUAUUGCACUUAUGGAGCUGUACAAGGCGCCGUUGCAAUUUCUUAGGACGUUCAAGAUUGACAUGGAUAAAGGUCGGAAAGGCAGGUUUGUCGUCAAAGGUGGAGUAGGCUUUUGGGAGGAUAUGUUGAUUAGUAUACAGCGACGGGCAACGUAA